CGAACGGCCCAAGAAGAACAAGAUGAUCUCAGGGAAGAAGAGAAGGGAGAGGGGAAAAAAUCGCGGCAAUCGCAGGGGCGCGAGGCCAAAACAGAAUUGCCUAGUGGAGAAGGGGAAAACGGAGACGCGAAAUGGUCUGGUCCCCGUGAAGCGUCACGGCGAAGGCACCGGUGGCCUCGUCCAGCGCCUAUCGUUUCCGGGGCCCUCGUCUGUCCGCCUCGCCUCCUCUUCCUCCUCGACCUCGCUCUCCUCCCCACCGCUACUUGCCCUCCCGAUAUAAGCCCUAUCCCUCUCCGCCUUGCCCUGCUCUCACUUGUCGUGACGCCGCCGUGCCGGCCCCACCCCACCGCCGGCGAGAUUGCGCGGCAGCUGCCGAUGGCGACCGCCGUGGCGGCGCAGCCGAGGUGCACCGCCAGCACAUCGAGGGUUUAUACUCUGGAGAAAGUAUAUGGAUUCAGAUUCGUAUGCAGAAGCAUCGUGGAUCUAAAGACUCAAAAGUUCCACCCCCGCAUUUCUAAGAGAAAGUGCUACUUGAAGAACUCACCAUCGGAAUGUGACAAGAUCAUUCACAGUGCUAGAUGGUUGGAGUUUCGGAGCCAGAAGGGAAUCUUUCAGAGAACUAGAAGGAUUGUUCACAUUAUCCGUUUGGCUUCUGAUGAUGACAGCAACGGUGUAUCUGUUAAUGGAGUUCCACAAGUUGGUUCAAUAAGUGACAUGGAGGAAAUAAGGUUGAAAUUGGAUAAAGCGCUGCAAACUGAAGAUAUUAGCUCUGGACUUGUCCAGUCAAUACAUGAUGCUGCGAGGUCUAUUGAAUUGGCUUUCCUAGAUCACCGCAAAUCAUCAAAGGACUAUUGGUUUCCAAAGACAUGGCUCGGUGUUGAGAACAAUGCAUGGAUAAAAUCACUGUCUUAUCAGGCUGCUGUGGACUUAUUGUUGCAAGCAGUUAUCGAUGUUUCAUCUCGAGGGAAUGGCAGAGAUAGAGAUAUUAAUGUAUUUGUUCAAAGGAGUGUGUCCCGCCUGCUCAGCUCUCUAGAGACUGUUAUCAAGAAUGAGUUGACUAAAAGGGAACCUACAUUAUAUCAAUGGUAUUCUUCUGUUCAAAAUCCUUUGGUGGUGAGAACAUUUGUGAACAUUUUUGAAAAUGAUCCACGGGUUAACCCUGCAACAUCAAUAUGCUGUGAAGGCGAGCCAGUGAGCACUAGUGAAAGUGAUCUUUCUCUACUUAUGCUAGGUUUGAUCUGUCUUGCUGCUAUCACAAAGCUUGGAUCAACAAAAGUUUCUUGUCAGCAGUUCUCCUCAAUGGUUCCUGAUAUUAUUGGUCGGUUCAUGGAUAUGCUUCUUGAGUUUGUCCCUCUAAGUAAAGCAUAUAACUUGACAAAAGAUAUUGGUCUUCAGAGAGAGUUCUUGUAUAAUUUUGGUCCUCGUGCCGCUGUUCCUAAAUUUACCAGUGAUAAUGGAGUUGAGAUAUCGUUUUGGAUUGAUCUGGUUCAGAAACAGUUACUUCGUGCUCUUGAUCGUGAAAAGAUAUGGUCAAGACUGACAACAAGUGAAAGUAUUGAGGUUCUGGAAAAGGAUCUUGCAAUAUUUGGAUUUUUCAUUGCUUUAGGCAGAAGCACACAACGGUAUUUGUCAUCCAAAUGUCUUACUGAUUUGGAUGAUUCACUUGAUGGUAUUGUAAGGUACCUUAUUGGCGGAAGUGUAUUGUAUUAUCCACAGUUGUCCUCUAUUAGUUCAUAUCAGUUGUAUGUGGAGGUAGUCUGUGAAGAGCUUGAGUGGCUUCCCUUUUACAGUGGUGAUGUGCCAACUACAACAACUGAUAAUGAAGGUAGAGAAGAAAUGCCUAAAGCGGAAGUAAUAUCAAGAAUGCUAAAUGUGUGCACUUAUUGGAUGACUAGUUUUAUCAAGUACAGCUCAUGGCUUGAGAACCCAUCAAAUGUGAAGGCAGCAAGAUUCCUGUCCAAGGGACAUGCCAUGUUGAGUGACUGCAUGAAGGAGCUUGACAUAGCAAAAAAUAAUAAGUUGAAAGGCCGAGGGUUGCCAGAACCCGAAGAACACCCGGUUACCGAGACAGAGUUAGCUUCCUUUGACAAGGUAUCUGUUGUAGAAUGUGCUUCGCGUGUGCCUAUAAAAUCACUUGAAAGUGUUGAAGAAGCUUUGGUUAAGUUAGAAAAUUUACUUCAAGAAUUGCACGUUUCCAGUUCUAACUCUGGUAAGGAGGAUCUAAAGGCUGCAUGCUCUGAUCUUGAAAUGAUCAGAAGACUGAAUAAAGAAGCUGAGUUUCUUGAGGCAUCCUUUCGAGCAAAAGCCGAAUCUCUGGAGGCUAAUGCUAGUAACGGACCAUUAUCACCUGCGGCAGAGGAAGGACGUGGAAAGACAGGUAGCAAGGCUAAUGAGACUCCAGUACCACUAAAAUCAACGAACAGGGUGGAUAACAAGCGACGUCCAUUUUGGGACUUCUUUGGUAGGACUUCUGGAAGGAAAGUUGAGCCAGUACUUCAAGUUGCAGAUCAAGAUGGUGCUGUUACCAAUGUGGAGAAGAAAGACAUGGAGCCAAACGACAUCCUCCGCUUUGAACAGUUAAGGCGUGAGCUAAUUGAGUUAGAAAAGAGAGUUCAGAAGAGCAAAGAUGAUGCUCAAAAGGAGGAGGUGUUGGAUGUCCCAGAUGAAACAACUUUGGCAUUGCCUGCUGCGCCAAUGCCUUCUGAUCUGGUUAGCAAGAAGGAAAAUGUUAUAACCAAGUCAGUGGAGAAGGUCAAGGAGACAACGACGACUGUGUUGCAAGGGACACAACUCUUAGCAAUUGAUACCGGUGCUGCUACGGAUUUGCUAAGAAGAGCUCUUAUUGGGGAUGAACUAACUCAGAAGGAAAAACAGGCUCUUCAAAGAACCCUGACGGAUUUGGCAUCUGUUGUCCCUAUAGGAAUACUCAUGCUUCUGCCAGUUACCGCUGUUGGUCAUGCUGCUAUUUUGGCUUUCAUCCAGAGAUAUGUACCUUCAAUGAUCCCAUCCACAUAUGCCCCUGAGAGGUUAGAUCUCCUCAGGCAGCUAGAAAAGGUGAAGGAAAUGGAAGUCGCUGAAGGCAGCAGCGAAGAUUUAUUAGAGACAGUUAGUUCGAGAAGCGACCUGGUGAAAUGAGCUGACCAUGUACAGAUGGACAUGAAUAUACUUCUGAUGGUCUUUCCUGUAAAGUGUAGUGUUUCGGAACAAGACAUAGGAGGGGUUUAUUUCAUUUAAAAGAUUCUUUCAAUGACUAUCUGGUGCAAAUGGAACUGCAAGGCUACACGCAAAUAACCAAGCAUUGGCAUCGUGAAGUUGAAGGAAGAUCCUUCCAGAAGUUGCACUUUUGUAGGUUGUAUGCAUACUCCAUAGUAUACAUGGGCGUUUGGUGCCCCUUCAACGUAGAGGAUGAAUGUUCAAGUUCCUCUUGGAUAAUGUCUGUGUAGGGUAGAUGUUUUGAUAGAGGAUUGUAUAUCUAGCCGAUAUGUUGAUGAUCACCUGUUCUCAUGUACCCAACCGCAAAAAAAGAACCUGUUUUGUACCUUUCUUUAGGAAUCAACGGUGGGAAUUUUCCACCUAUAACCCAAUGCUAAGUUCAGUCGAGUGGGGUUAAUGGCUAAGUUUUAGAGCCUUAAUAGA